AUGGCGAUGAAAUUUUUGACCUUGGAAGAGGCUGCCCAAAAGCUGGGCAUUUCUCCCGAAGAGCUCAACCAAUUGCGCGAGCGUCACGAAGCGCACGGUUACCGUGACGGCAGCAGCUGGAAGUUCAAGGUCGAAGAGAUUGAGCGGAUUGCCAGCGAAGGCGUGUCGGAGCUGAGCGACUCGUCGAACUCGAUCGACCUGGUGGAUAUCCCACUGGACGACGAUGACGAAGGCGACGACAUGGUGCUGCUGAGUGAAGCCGAGCUGGGCGAAUCGGACCCCAGCACCUCGAGCACGAUCAUUGGUAAGCCGGGCAGUGCACAAGACCCCAGCGAGAGCGAUGUUCGCAUUGUUACCGGAGAUGAAACCGGCAGCGACGUGAAGCUGGUUGCCGAUGCCGACUCGGGCGACAGCGGCGUGAAGCUGGCUCCCUCGGUGGUCGAUGUUCCUGACACACCCGAAGCCCCUGCCACCGGCGAAAGCGGUCUCUCGCUCGACGACGACUCGCUCGAACUCGACUUGGAUUUCGGUAGCGGCGUUCCGCUGGUCCAAGACGAUUCGCCGACCGAUCAAGUGGCCGAUGCGGACCUGGCCGUAGAUGACGACGACGCGGUUUCGCUGGCCGGCGAAUACGGCAUUUCUGGCGACGACGACGAUGACGACUCGGGCGCCGACAUCAAUCUCGGCGGUGAGAGCGACGAUGAGUUCGUUCUCCGUGGCGGAAGCGAUAUCACGAUGGGUGCCGGAGACAGCGGUAUUUCGCUGGCCGACCCGGCCGACAGUGGCUUGUCGCUGGCCGAUCCGUUGGACUUGGGCGGCUCCAGCAGUGGAGAAGCACUCGACCUAGCGGGCGAUGAGGAUGCCUCGAGCGAUUUCGAACUCUCCAGCGAUUCGGACUCUGAAGCCCUGGGCGAUGUGGGCUCCGACGAUGAUUUCCUGCUGACCCCGAUGGAAGAUGCCGGCGACGCCGACUCGGAGGAAAGCGGUUCGCAGGUGAUCGCACUGGACGAAAGCGACGACUUUGGGGCUUCGGCCGCCGCGAUGCUCGACGAUGCGGGCGGCGACAUGGUGAGCAUGGUCGAAGACAGCGAGGAAUCGGUCGACUUCUCCGAGACUGCAGGCCCGAGCAGCUAUGCCGGCGCACCCGCCAUGCAACCCCGUGGGCCGGAAGCCCGGUUCUCCACCUGGGACGUUGUUGGUUUGGGCGCCUGUGCCAUGUUGCUGGUGUUGUGCGGCAUGGUGAUGUUCGACCUGAUGCGGAACAUGUGGAGCUGGAACGGUACUUACGCGGCCAACGGCGCGGUGAUGAACUUCAUCCUGGGCCUGAAUCUCUCUUCGCAACUUGCGGCGUUGAUGCUGCUUUGCUCGGUGCUGGCCACCGGGUGUCAGUGGGUGCCCAAGUCGCAAUACGCUGCUGCCGAGAACAUGAACCGCGAGUUGGUCGAGCAGGUUCGCGCACAGCAGGCCGAAAUCGAAACGCUCAACGCGCAUCGUCAUCGGGUUGAAGAUCAACUCGUGGCCACCGAAGAUCAACUGGCCCGACUGGCCGAACAGGCGGGCGUCGAUCGCUCGCUGCUCUCCGACUUCCGUCGCCAAGGCGAUCUGAUGCAAGACGCCCUUCGUGGCGCUCGCGGCGGAGUUCCCUCGCCGGUCGAACGUCGCCUGGUCGAGCUUUCGCAGCGCUACCCCAACUUGCGGUACGACCCCAAGACUGGUGUGGGCAAGCUGCAGACCGAUCUGCUGUUCGACACGGGCGAUGCCAGCUUGCAGCCGAACUCGCGACGGCUUCUCGACGAACUGGCCGAAAUGCUCACCACCGAGGCCGGUCGCGAUCUGCGGAUUGUGGUCGCUGGCCAUACUGACGAUCGGCAAGUUGCUAAGCAGCCCACACGCGAGCAGUACCCCGACAACUGGCAUCUCAGCACGGCGCGAGGGUUGGCCGUGUGCGAGUAUCUGAAUGCUCGCGGAGUGCGGGGCGAUCGGAUGGGCGUGGCCGGGUUUGCCGAGCACCAGCCCAUCGCGGCCAACGGUUCGCCGGACAAACGGCAGCAAAACCGCCGGGUGGAGAUCUUCGUCAUGGCCCCCGACACACCCGUGGUGGGUUGGACCGACACGAUGACGAGUUUGUAUUGA